AUGUUCAUCAAUACACUUGUAAAAGGAAAAAUCCCAGUAAAAGCAUUAAUUGAUAUAUUAUCGAAGUUUAAUACCAUUAGUGAGAGCUUGUUCGAUAAGCUUAAAGAAGAUUAUGGAAUACGUAAUCCUGUUGAGAAUCUCUAUAAAGAUGUAAUAGGUAAAAUAAAAUGUUUAGAUUUGCAAUUUUGCUAUAAAGGAAAGUGGCGAAGUUUAGAUGGUACUGAAAUGCGUAAAGCAAAAAUUAGCUUUGGACAUUCUCCCAAAACCUAUGACAGCUAUGCUAGAAUUAUAAUAGAUGGUAUGAGUAUCCCAUUAAUCAAAGAAAAUAGUAAUAAAGACAGCUCCAUGAAAAAUAACUCACCCAAUUCCAAUCCAUUUCUAAAAGAUAUUGAGGACAUAAUUAGAUUUAUAAUUCAUGCUGUAGAAAAAGGUACUUCACGCCAUAUUAUUUCCGAUUCCCACAAAUAUCAACAUUGUCAUACUGGUUUACAUGGAAAGAAGAAAAAAAAUGGAAAAGCUAAGAGUGAGGAUGCUAACAGAUCUAAUCCAUAUGCAUAA